AAACUUGAACUGAGCAUAAGCUCCGCCUCUAACAGGCUGGGACCUGGGGUGGCCGACCAGGUUUCAGGGGGACUCAUGCCACCCAUUGCCCCUUUUGACGCACCCCUGACAUGAAGCGCUACUCUCAGUCCGAGCUUCUGUCAAUUUUCUGUCAUGAGUUUUCACACAACCGUGAGGACCCUGUCGUGGUGACAUCAGCGUGACAUCAUCUGGGGUUAUUUUUAGACGACUUCGAUCCUCCAGAGCAGGAGAUACUGAAAAACGAAGCCCAAGGAAGUCAACAGGAUCCUCCAACAGAAAUUUCUGUCUGAGUAUAUAUUAAAAAAAAAUAACUUCAAAUAUCAUCAACAUAUCACCAAACAACCUCAAAGUCCACCCUUGUAUCGCCAUCUAGAGGCUCAACCCCAAACUGCACCCCUAUAGAAAACAGAUGCAGAGGAUCCUUUAUGGUGGCCGAGAACCGCCACUGCUGCAAAUAAAAAAGAAUGCAAAAAAAAGAAGUCACAACAAAAGUGACUGGUGAAAAAAACAAAAAAAGGAAGCCUGCUGCAAAUAAAAAAAGAAACAAUGGAGAUUUUAAAAAAAGGAGCAAUUUUUUCGCGUUUUUUUUAACUGCACUGUUUCGAUUUUUUAUUUGCAGCGGGAUUUUUUUUUUUUUUGCAUCAUUAACUUGAGUUGUGGCUUCUUUUUUUUCAUUCUUUAUUAUUUGCAGCAGCGGCACUUCUGGCCACCGUAUCCCCUCAAACAGGAAUCAGUCCUUUUGUGGCUUUUUUCCCUCAUCCUUUAAUUUUCGCAGUAAGGAACUUUUUUUUUUCUUUCUUUUUUUUUGCAUAGCCACUUCUAUUUGCUUUGCUUACUUCAGUUGUGGCUUUUUUUGUUUUUGAAAUUUUAUUUAAUUUGCACCAUUUCUUUUUUUAAUUUGCUGCGGGUUUGGUUUCCUUUUUUUUUUUUUUUGCGACGUUAACUUCUGUUGUGCCUUUUCCCCCCCCAUCCUAUUUUUUUUUUCAUCGCCACUUUUUUUGCAAUGUUGCCUUCUGUUGUGGCUUUUUUUUUCUUCAAUUUUUUCGUUUCUUUUUUUUUGCAUUGUAAACUUCAGUUGUGGCUUCUUUUUUUUUUUUUUUCAUUCUUUUUUAUUUGCAGCAGUGGCGGUUCUCGGCCACCGUAUCUCCUCCAACAGAAGUCAGACCCCUGAACAGAACUGAUGCGGAAGGCUUCAGUGAUGAAAAACAGCCCUCCACACCGAGUCGUGAUGAGGUGAGAGAGAGAGAGAGCGAGAGAGAGAGAGAGAGAGAGUGAGAGAGAGCGACCACCGUGCAGGAUAAAACGGCUGUCCCCCCCCCUCCUCGGAGAGACCGUCCCCAACGCCCACACUUCCGGACUGGAGCCUCUGGAGGCAGCUGGGUCGGGAUGAAUCCGUCUCCCGGUGCUUGAGAUGAGGAUAAGACGACGACGAGGAAGCGGCGAUGUUUGUUAGUUCCGUUAAAUUAAAGACGACUGACUGACUGACUGACUGACUGACUGACUCUACCCGGGCUGAACCGAUCAAAUAAUCGUCGGUUAUUCGCUCCACAGUCAGAGGGGGAUUCGGGCUUUGGCCGUACACUGUCCGUCUGCUGUCAACUGUUGCUGAUUUCCUCUGUAAAUGAAUCUUGUAAGGUAGGUGACUCCGUUAGAUCUGCCAUUGUGUUCAUGAUAUUAAUAAUAAUGAUUCAUACUUUCACAGAGAAGCAGAAUCUGUUCAUGUUUGUGGUUUUAAUGAUGAAGAAGAAGAGGAAGGAUUUGGAGACUGAGCUGUCAGAAAAGUCCACAUUAAAUUUCUCUAAUGUUAUGAUGUAAUAGUCGUGUAGCUCAGGGUUCAUUUGCCUGACAAGCCUUAUUAAUAACACACACACACACACACACACACACCUGCCACUUCCAUCCUCCUCCCCCUCUUCACCAUCAUCAUCACCACCAUCAUCAUCAUCACCAUCAUCUUGCUGUCUUCUCUGUCAGGCCACAUAAACAUAAACCCUCUCAGUGUUUUGGUUCAGGACUGAAGCCUGUUAAAGAGGGUUACAGCAGCAGCAGCAGCAGACUCCAUGAUUGACUCUGAUCAUUCACCGUUUUUCUCUCCUCAUCGAAAUCUCAAAGAUGAAUCAAUCAGUAAAAAAACUCAAAAAUGAAUCGUUUGGUUUUGUAGAUUUAUGAAACCAGUACACAGUGUGCCUCACAAGGACCCACAAAGCUCAGACUGACACCCUUCAGUGUUCUGUUUAAGAGUCGAUUUCUGCUGAUCGGUGAGAAAAAACACAUGUGAGACGGUGCAACAGGCGAAAAUGUUGUUAUUUCUGCAUGAAAACGACUCAAACAUUGAAUGAAUAAUUAAUAUUUGUCCAACUGGAGAGCAGACGACCCAGAAACAGUUAAUUCAUGAAAUUUAAUCUGAACCACUCCACAGGUUCAUCAGCUUUAUUACAAAUUUACAUCAAAAAUUUACAUUUUAUGAGAGUUUACACUUGAACAGCUCAGCAGGACAAACUCAGGAGAUUUUGUGAAUUGUUUCUCUUGUCGUCAGCUGUACUUUAUUAAUCAAACUGUCUCAUUAAAACCUGAACAAUCAUCGGUGGUCGUUCAUAAAUCUGUCUUUAAUGAAGGGUUUCUCUAUAUCACACUCAAACAUGUAAAACAGCUGCAGCACAGGACUGAGACUGACCCAGGGUUGAUUAUUUACAUCCUCACUCUUCAUUAGUAUUUCUGCAUUAACCUGAUUUUUACUUAAAUCUCGUUAUCUUCAUUAAAGCUCAAUCAUGUUGUUUUUUUUUCCUUUAAUUUAGCUCUUUUUUUUGUUCCAGACCGACUUUAAAGAAGCUUAAAUCACGUGCAUUUAUAAAAAAUUACAUGUGAUUUUGUCUGAGAACACACCGCUGAUAGACAGAUGGUGUUUAUUUGAUCAAAUAUACAUACAGUCCAAUUUUAGACAAGAAAAUCCCUGUUUUUUGGAGCAGGUUGAAGCUGUUUAGCUCAUGUGUACCUGAACAAACCUCAUAUUUCACCUUCAGAUUAAUUUCCUGUUAACUGUCAGUCGUUUCUCCACUUAUUCUUCGUUUCAUCCACUCACACAAAGAGAGCGGGACCUGCCUGUCCAUCAAAACGCUCUUAUUUUAAUUUACUGCUCAGCAUUAAGUGCUCUGGGGGUGGUGGUGGUGGUCUUGGUGGUGAAGCGGGGAGGUUCCUCCUGUCCCCGUUUGAUGAGACGAGUCCUCAUGAUGUUUCCGCAGCUCUGCUCCACUCUGUCCACUCAGUGUGUCUCUGCCUGUCUGGCCUCUGGCCUGCUAAUUAUCAGCCAGCUUGAUAAAGUCAUUAAUGACCCGACCGAGCCUGCUGGGCCUGGCUCUGACACACACACACACACACACAUCGGAGAGGAGUCAGUCAGUCAGUGUGAGGGGGACAGAGCAGGAGAGGGAGUCUCUUUAUUUGGGACAGGACAGAGUGGGUCAGUUAGUAUUAAUAACUCUGAAUGAGUGUCACUCUGAAAACGAAGAGAACGGAGAGAAUCGAGCGGAGGAGAUAUUUACACAGCCUGUAGCUCUCUCUCUCUCUCUCUCUCUCUCUCUCUCUCUCUCCGUCUUGGAGCAGCGGUGCGAUUGUUAAAAAAAAGGGUUUGAAUCAGCUGAUGUGUAGGAGGGAAACGUCCUGCUCUUCUGUUCGACUCUGCUGCACAAAAACACACAGAUGGAAACAGAGAAUUUAUUUCAGAGUAACAUCGCUCUCUCACGUCAAAUGAAAUAUUUCCAGUCCUGUAGGCGUGGGUUCAUCUGUUUCCUGUGGGAGACGAUGGCGAGGAUCAAAUCAUCUGAUCAUCCUUCGCAGAGAAGUGUGUGAACGUUUUUAAUCGGAGUGGUAUUCACCGUUCUUAGACAUGUCUGUGCGUACGUGUGUGUGUGUGUGUGUGUGUGAGGGAGACAGAGACAUCUCUAAAUCUAGGUCUCUUAUGAAAUCUUCCUCCUCAAGAUGAAGCAUAAGAACAGGGAGGGGUUGUGGUUCCUGAGUGCAUGUGUGUGUGUGUGUGUGUGUGUGUGUGUGCGCGUGUGUGUUUGCAGAGACGUCUUUGUCCAUUUGCGUUCCUGCAUGUUAAUUUAAUCAUCGGGCAGCAGAGAGGAAGGAGACGAGGAGGCCGGGGAGCAGCCGAGGGAGAUGGAGGAGACGGAGGAGAGAGAGAUGAAAGAAACGAGGAGUUUUCUGGUGUGGAAAGAAAAAAAGAAAAAAAAAGACAAUCCCCCUGCUCGGAGGUUUCCAUGACAACAGUGACAUCAUUGACGGAGCGCUACCUCCUGAGCCGCUCUGUGUGUUUGUUUGGGUUUCACGUUCAAAGGAAUAGGUCGGGGUUUUGCGUGCGUGCGUGUGUGCGUGUGUGUGUGUGUGCGUGGUUGCAGAGGAAUAUCCGCACAUGUGAAUUGUUUAUUAAAGAGAUCAUCGGGAGGAACCUCCCGCUUCGGUCGGUCCGUGGUUACCCCCUCUGUUACCAGGCAACAGCAGUCAUGGCAACAAGUUGAAGCAUGAUCGAGCGUUGCUAAGCGAGAGGAAGGGAUGGAUGGGGGAGAAUUUUUUUGAGCAUCGCUGAGAGACGAAUUUUUACAAAUCCUGGAGAUGAUGGAGGUGGUCAUGGUUGACAGAGUUAUCAUAGAAACAUAGAUGCUGCUUUUUUAACUACAUCUGACAUCUGUAGGUAGAUGCUGCAGAUGUUUAUCAGUCUGUGGUGUAGAUCUACAGUGUUCUGAUCUACGCUGCAGUCUGCUGGAGAGGAAACAUCAAACACAAAGAUGAAGACGUCUGAACAUCCAUUUUCUGCUGCUUAUUCCUGUUCCCGGGGUCGCGGGGGGCUGGAGCCAAUCCCAGCAUCUUCUGGACAAGUCGUCAGUUCAUCUCAGGGCUGACAUACAGAGACGAACAACCGUCCACGCUCACAUUCACUCCUACGGGCAAUUUGGUAGUGGCCAGUUAACCUAACCCCACUUCUGCAUGUUUUUGGGAUGUGGGAGUAAACCGGAGUAAACCCACACAGACACAGGGUGGACAUGCAAACUCCACACAGAAACGCCCUGACCCGGAUUCGAACCCAGGACCUUCUUGCUGUGAGGCGACAUUGCUAACAGUGCCGCCCCGACAUCUGAGCAAACUGGUGAAAAAGGCUGGUUCUGUGGAGGAUGUGGUGGAGACUAUUCUCAAGAACAUGGAUCACCCACUUCACAACACCCUGAUGGACCAAAGGACCGACGAUGGUGGACGGAUCCUCUCUUUUCACUGCAGGACAGAAAGAUUCAGAAGAUCUUUGGUACCAACAGACAUCAGACUUUAUAGUUAUUCUGUAAAUAGUCGAUAACUUUUAGAGACGUAUCAAAUGAGACAACAGACAAUUAAAUUUCCCUUCAGGGAUCAAUAAAGUUCUUCUUCUUCUUCUUCUUCUUCUUAAAUCUGCGCUCUUCUGUCUGAUACCUCAGGGUUCGUAGCUCGACUCUAACAUGUUCAUUCUCUGUUUUUUUCAGGUUUAUGAACAACCGUGUUCCUUCUAACAAGAGAUACCAGCCCACAGAGUAUGAGCAUGCUGCCAAUUGUGCCACACAUGCGGUGAAUGCACACACACACACACACACACACACACACACACGUUGAAGAGCGAUCAUUAACCUCACACGGACUGAACAGGAGAAUAAAUCCAGCGGUGUUACAUAAGCGAUAAAAACACGACACCUCCACACGAGUGUUUUCAGAUCUACACCUCCAUCUUUAUCCUGCCCGCCUGUCUGUUUCUCUCUCUCUUAUCUCCGUCUCAUGUUUCAUUAAUGUCAUGGAUUCCUUUAGUUAUGGAUAAUCCCCAGCCUGCUGGGCAGCUCAGUGUUGCACUUCCAGUCGGAGGACCAAUGGGAGCGGCUGUCGGCCUGGGUGUACGGGGCGGGGCUCAGCUCGCUCUUCAUCAUCUCCACCCUGUUCCAUACGGUGGCCUGGAAGAAGAGCCACCUACGGUAAACUCUUUCACAGAUCUGCAGAGGAUGGAUCCGGCUCGAGUGUAAAUCCAAGCUGCAGGGCGUCUGAUUCAGAGUCCAAACAGACUCGCAGUAGAAGAACAGAAAUCUCUGUACUUCAGUUUUUAGGGAUUCUGGACUCACAAAAAUACACAAAAAUACAACAACACAGAUACCAGGUUAUUUGGAUACACCAGUUUUUGAUCUUCUUACUAUCAAAUGUGGAGUUUUCAACAUUACACACUAUAAAUUAGUUCAAAUCAACUCUGUUGUUUAAUCCAGUUUUUAUCAUCUGAGACUUUUAUCCCAGAUUAAAUCGGUUUGAUCUUCUCAUGAUUUUGAGUGAGUUGUUCAUGUUUUUAUUUCCACACUUUGGUUGGACGACUGUAACGCUCUUUACGUCGGUGUUAAUCAGGCUCCUUCCACACGCUCACGGUUCGUCCAAAAUGCUCGUUUUUUUAACAGGUUAAUGAAAACAUGACCACAUCACUCCUAUUCUGGCUUCCUGAUCAUUUUAGAAUUCAUUUUAAAAUUUUAUUGUUUGUUUUUAAAUCUUUAAAUGGAUCAGCACCACACUACAUCUCUGACCUCUUCAAUGCUCCAACUCAUCGUCCCUAAAACUCGUUUAAAAACCGAGGUGACCGAGUUUUCUCGUCUGUGUCGAGAAAGAUCGAGAUAGUCAUCUGCCUUAGCCAUUUAAAGCUGAAUUAUGCGAUUUUACUUAAAGCCUCUAUGAGCAGAUUUUUGUAUAUAAAUCAUCCUGAUGCCUUUCAAUAAUAUCCAAAAAUAAACAAGACCAUCAGCAUCAAGAUGGGGAAUUAUUAACCCUAAUUUUAAACCAGUGUGAGUGGGUAGGUGUCACCUGAAUAUCUCUGUUCUGACUGUCAGAAACCAGCUGGAUGAGGAGUUUUCAGACACGUCACUGCUGAAGGGUGUAAAAGAAAAAGAGCUUUAAGAAACUGUUUUGUUGUCGUAGCUUCCCCCUCAGUCUCAGUCUUUUACCCUUGAUUUUUAUUCAUAUUUAUAAACCUGUAUUCUAGUUGAAUGUCUGUCAGUUUUGAAUGUCUGAUUUAGAGUCAGAGAAACUUUGAGAAUCAGCUGAUUCUGACCGUUCUGAUUCGGUUCUCGUCUCUCCUCAGGUCGGUGGAACACUGUUUCCACAUGUGCGACAGGAUGGUGAUCUAUUUCUUCAUCGCUGCCUCCUACGCUCCAUGGUGAACAGAUCUACAGUACAUGUGUAGGAAGUGUCUAUACUCUUUGCAGUGUGUAAUUAUUCUCUCCCUCUCUAGGCUGAACCUGCGGGAGCUCGGUCCCUGGGCGAGUCACAUGCGCUGGUUGGUUUGGGUCAUGGCCUCUUUUGGAACCACCUACGUCUUCUUCUUCCACGAGAGGUCAGUUCAUGUCUGUGUUUACUCUGUUUACUGAUGGGAUUCAGGUCCACGAUCAGGUCUUUGUGGAGCUUGUAGGAACAUCACCACCACUUCUUCAGGGACUGCCUACACUGCAGGACUCCACAGUUCGACCGUUUCACUCCUAAAAAUAGAUGUGAGCGAAUUGUAAAAUGUAUUUAGGGUCACAUGUGCGCAUAAAAAAAAAUCAGCCGAGGCAACAAAAGUUUUUUCAUGUAAAUACAGCAGUGAAGUUAGUUUUAGGUUGGAUUCACUGCGGUUGUGCCGGUGUCUUCGCACUAGAGAUGGGCACGGCGGUUCUUUUACAUGUACUGAAUUAGAAUCAGUUCACUAAAAAGAUUCGUUCAAAGGAUUCAUUCACCAAAUCACCAAAUCAUUUAGUGCUUGGCGGGAGAAGCCUGUGACUCCGACCUCCUGAACUGAUUCACAGACAAACGGUUCAAGAUUCAGUUCAGAUCAAAGCUUCUGGAGACGAGAGUGUUUGUCUGUGUUUCUUUGACAAACAGGUUUGUAAAAAUAAACUUGUUUAUAAGUCGUGAUGUUUAAAGUGUCCUAUGGUUUGUUAUUUACCAGGUCUGCUCAGUAAAUUGAGCUCAGUAAGUGAUUCGGUCACUGAAGGUUUAGAUGAAUUCAAACUGAACAUGAACCGUUCCCUCACAAACCGCUUCAAUGAUAGGAUGCUGUGGGUUUAAUGCACUUCUUGUUACAUGCUGUGUCCUAUUGUAUGAAAGUUGUUUUGGUGGCAAUUUAGUAGUAAAAAAAAAGGUCGUUUUGUCCGACAAAAAUGAUUCCAGAGAGUUUAGUUCAGUGCGUGAUUCAGGCGUCGGUGCAUGUGGUCCAUCGUUCACCAGCUGCUGUCCUGGCGAUGCUGUUUCUCACUUCAGCUUAACAGAAGUGAGAAACGAACGAAUCACUCGAGGAAGUGAUUCGGUCACUUAAAAGAUUCGGUUCUUUUGAAUGAAUCACAACACAACACAACACUACUUCUCACUCUCCUUAACCAGGAAUAACAACAGCUGCACAGAUAAGUCUACCCUCACUGUCAACGUCGGUGUUGAAUAAGGGACCGUCAAUAAAUUACCAGUUGAUGUUCUCGAAAAAGGCCGUUCUCCUUCAGUAGCUUCCAUGUCAUGUGACCAAUUGACCUAAAAUUGAUUUCAAAUAAUAGCACUAAGAUCGACCAAUAAGACAAACAUUAUUUGAUCAGUUUUCAUCGUGCCUCUAAAGUUCUUUUUGUGCUCCUUGUGAAAAAGUUCAAGUCCAGCUCUGCACUGAAAAAUCAAAGCAAAACACACAAAACAAAAAGGUUUUUAAAAGUUGGAAAAGAAAACAGAUAUAAUGAAGAGGACUAGUCUUUGACUGUGCCAUCCUAAAAAACACCCUCGGGGGAAACAGCGUUCAGUAUGGAUUAGGAGUGUUUGGCUGAUACCCAGGAGGCCGAUCAAGGUCAGCAUCGGUGUGUAAAAGUUUGUCCACUGAAGCCGAAUAUUUGAGCUUUAAAACAUCGACUCAUGGUGGUGAGAAGCCUCCCACACAGAGCUGAACAUAGAGUCAAUGAAGAGGAGGACAGAGAGAGGAAGAGCAUGUGAGAGUUCAGUCAAAGUAGAAACAGGCGCUGAAACCUCUCUCUCUGUAUCAGGUAUAAGAUCAUGGAGUUGAUCUGCUACACCGUCAUGGGAGUCUUUCCUGCCUUGGUCAUCCUCUCCAUGGUGAGCAGCUGUUUUUAUUAUUAUUAUUAUUUCUUGAUUUUAAUGUCUUUAAAACAUAAUAAUCACAUUUCUGUCUCUCCUCAGCCGGAGCAGGCGGGGUUGUGCGAGCUGCUGAUGGGCGGAGCCUGCUACUGUAUGGGGAUUGUUUUUUUCAAAAGCGAUGGUAUUGUCCCGUUCGCUCAUGCCAUCUGGCACCUGUUCGUUGCCAUGGGAGCCGCCAUACACUACUACGCCAUCUGGAAAUACCUCUACGCCCUGCCGCCCAAUGAGGUCCAGACCUCCAGAUGACAUCGCCGCUGACCUCACAGAAAGUAACUCCUGUCCUGGCGACUCUUUAAGGGAACGGUGUGAGCUGUGUCCUGGUUUAGGGGCCGUCAACUUUGAAAAAUAGAUCGUUUUAUUUUACUGAUUAAAAAAAAAGGAGACCAUCAGUCUCUUAAUUAUGGUGCGUUCAGGUGUUCUCUCUUAACUCGUAAAAACAGAAACAUCCAUCUUCAUCACCUGAAGCUGCACUGAGUUGGUACUAGGGCUGGGCGAUACGGCCCCAAAUCAAUAUCACGAUAUAUUGAUCAGUUCACCUCGAUAACGGUAAAUGGACGAUAACUACUCCACAAGCUGCUCAGCCCCUCCCACAUUAACUUCGUCUACUUCAGCCGCUACAACUUUUGAACCGUCCUCGGAUAUUAUCAAAAAGACUUCGGUUAUUGUCGUAAAUCUUGGUAUUGGUAAAUUUCCAGUUUAUCGCCCAGCCCUAGUUGGUACAAAGUUGAAACAGACUGUAUUAAUAGGAGGAGUAUGAACAUGACGGAUGAUAACCUCACCUACCCUCCCUGGGAAAAGGCUGAGGUGUCUGUUUUUAUUGUUCUGCGUUGAUAAGUUGAUAUUUGAAGCACCAUUACACUUUAUUUCACAGCGCUGCGGGCAAAUACACAAGUUGUUUCUGAAAAUGCGUCCAAACGAUGUCUGUAUUUGAAGGACGCGUACCUGAGAUCUUCAUUCUCAGUCUGUCCAGUUCAGAUGAAUUUAAAGGGAUGUUUUUAGGAUGUUUUCAGGAUGUUUUGGUUUAAUUUAGACGAUCAGGAGUUUUCUUGGAGAUUUCUAUGUCUGUGCUGCUGAACUGUCUCCCUGUUGAGAAGAGGACAGUGUUGAAAUCAGCUGACUUUACCUUCGUUAUUAUUAGAAUUAUUUAUAUUACAUUUAUCAUUAUGAAUCGAGUAUUUUUCUUGAGUUUGACUAUAUUUCAGAAGUUGCAUCUUCAGUAAGAAACUCAGAGCGCUGGAUCGUGUUUUCAUCAUAAACCGCAGUCGUUUUAGUCGGUAAUUUACUGUGAUUUUUACAAAUCAAGCAUGACUGUAGAGAGAUCUCAUGUUCACUCUCACAUUUAGCUCUGCGGUGUAGCUUAGCGAGCAUAAUUACACAUUUUGAAUAGUUUACUGUCGUUCAUUAUAGUUUUCUCAUAUAAGAAAUCAUCAAUACAGUUUUUACGGUACAUAUUUAUCAGUGAGUUGAAGUAUAUGUUAAUUCAUUUGGUUGAGCUUUCUUCAGAUUCUUUUAAUAAAUGAAUUCACUGUGUUCACAUGGCAACCACUUUCACCAAAACCAGUUUUUUCCCCGCUGAGAUCGAGGUUUUCAAGACUUGGCUAACUUUUCUGUUUUGGUUUGCAGCUGAAAAGAAGAAUUAUAGCUCAGAGAGGAAAUUAAGUUUGAGAUUUCUUCUUUAUUUUCUCAUUUCGUUCAUGGCCGACAUCCAAGUCACAACAGCUAACCAGCUAACGUGUUCAUGCUAGCCUGCGUGACCGUUAGCUAGCUUACGUGACUCGAUGCUCCUCAGUGUUUUAACCUUAAAUUGUUUGGUCGGCUGCUUUAACACAGUGGGACAGUCUCCGGCUAGCAUUAUUUUUCUUUGUCGGAUGGCAGGGGAAGGUCCCGCCUCCUUUACCUCUGAUUGGCUAGAAAAGCUAGAAACGUCAUCACACGCUCAAGCCAAACGCGAUGUUGGCUCUGUACAUCGAACAGAACAUUACAGAACAUUACCGCACGUCUGAAUCUCUUAACCCGACAGACGAUGACGUUUCACAGCCAUAAGGAACAACCAAUCAGAGGGCGGGACCUUCCUUUACCAUCCUCCAAAAAAAAUUUCCCAUGCUGGUGACUCCGCCUCACGUCAUCUAGCGUUUCUUAUAUAUAUCUAUGGGAAGCGCGAGCAUGUUGCGACACGCUCAGUUUUUACGGGGGGUUGUUACAGGGGGCGGUUUUUUUUUUGUUGGAUGGUAGAGGAAAGUCCCGCCUCCUUUGCCUCUGAUUGGUUACAAAAAGCUGAAAAGGUCAUCACAUGCUCAAGCCAAACGCAGGUUGUCAGCUCUGUGCAUCGAACGGGACAUUACAGAACAUUAUCGCACUUCUGAAUCUCCUUAUCCUAACCCUAACCCUCAUCCUAACCCCUAACCCCUAAUCCUAACCUGAACCCUAACCCAACCCUAACCCCCUAACCCUUACCCUCAUCCUAACCCUAACCUUAUUCCAUUAGGAAUAACCAAUCAGAGGGCGGGACCUUCCCUUACCAUUCUACAAAAAAAAAUUCGCACAUUGGUGACUCCGCCUCCAGUCAUCUAGCGUUUCUUAUAUAUACCUAUGGGAAGCGCGAGCACGUUGCAAAGCGCUCAGUCCUGAACAAACAACAGUUGUUAUGGCGGGUUGUUAUGGGGGGCGUGCGCUGCUACUAAGCAGUACCGAGUUGUUGUCUGUGAUGAAGUUACAGACGGAUUCCUCCCACUCAAAGUUUCCGAUCAGUCAGAAAGGCUGCCGUGUGAAUAUGGUGGACAGGAGAGCUGAUAGAUCGAGUUUCAUUAAAGCCACAGAGGGGAGAACCACUGCUCCAUCAAGCACUGCCAGACUUACUGCCGUUACUGAUAGCACACUACUACCAUUAACAGCUCACACUUGAAAGGAAACCGAAGCUAUAGUAUUGUUGAACAAUCCGGCCCAAUAUUAAGGCAUCUCAGGUGUGUGUGUGUGUGUGUGUGAGUGAGAGAGAGAGAGAGUGUGUGAGAGUAAGAGUGUGUGUGUGUAUGCGCUCUACUUUCUGACUCCCAUGAAUCCAAAGCCUCUAACUGGCUGAGUCUAUGUUUACACGUUACGCAUGUACCUUGAACACAUAAAGUAUAUUUGAAAUAUACAGUAUAGUAUGUACUCUUAUAGUGUCUAGCUGUAUAUUAUGGCACACAGAAUAUUGGAGAAGCUUUUAUAGAGUGAUUAAUAAGGCUAAAGGACCAAAAGGUUGAACCGUCUCAGUUUAAUCGUAGGUGUUAAAGAAGAAGGUGUGAAAACCUCUGUUCCUGUCGGACAUCUUCUCUCUGCUGGCUGUCUCUCAGGAUUUGGAUCAUUUGGGCUUAAAAGCCUGUGAAGCCACAUUCAAGGACCACUAAAGCUGCUCCGACGUUCGAGCGCUGUCUGCAGCAACUAAAAUGAUCAAAUAGCUGUUUUCUUAAAUGCUGGCACCGCUCCUUACAGCUUUACUCGUUUUCGUUUCCAAUUAGAAGAGCAGAAACAGGAAGAAAUAAGAGUUUAACGAGAAUUGUUUUUUAAGUCGGUUUAAUAUGAGCAGAUGCAGAUAUAACAGCACAAAUGAUGCUUUUACAGAUCUAUUCAACUAAACUUGCUCUAUGAUUAAAAUAUACAUUUAUUUAUAUGUGCCACUUUGCAGUAUUUACUGAUAUGAAGCAGACAAACACAAUUACAAGUCAGUAAAAAGGAAACACAAUCUUUUCAAGUAUGACAGGAACGGGGCAGAUUCGCAGGGAACUGUCUCUUGUCUUUGGUCUAUAAUUUCAAAACUGUUUGACCUUUAAAAUUCAACAUAUUUGCAGGAACACCGAACAAACGCACCGUUGUCGUUACAUUUGGUGCAAGUAGAAACUAAUACUACAAAAAAAAGAGGUUUGUUUUGGUUCCUUUUCGUGACAUACAGCCGACGACGGAGUCAGAAAGAACAUGGAAACACUCAAAGUAUUGAUAUAUGAUAUACAUAGACAAAUAUUGUGUUUUCUUUCUUCUUAUUCUUUCUUUGGUCAUUAGACACAAAGUCAUUUUCAAUGCAAACUAAUUUUCUGACAGCCUGGAGAUGGCGGUCGUCACUGUAGAUAUGUCAGUUUUGAAUUAAACUCUUCAUAUAUAUAUAAAUAUAUAAAUAUGAAUUUAUUCUCAAAUAUAAGAGUACUUUCUAACAUUUGUACUCUUGAUGUUUACUUGAGCCUCUGAGAAAACACGAAAUGCUUGAGCUUUUACUUGGGGGAAUUAUAGCCUAUCAUUGCCAGUAUUUUCUCUCACUCCGCAGAGAGGGCUGAGAUGAAAUAUUUGAUUCUUUGAUGUCUGUCUGUCUUGUAUUGGUUCUUAUAUCUGUCUCAUUCAGACAUACAGUGCCCACCUGACUUUGUAUAGAGAUUAAUGAACUCUCCAUGAUGCCUUCAUGGACCCUCUGUACAUGGUUUAUAGACACUCUGUGAUUGUGGAGCUGCUGACUCUGUUUUCAGUGCUGCUGGUGUUUUCUUUCUGAUCGAGACUGAUCAUAUUAUAUCUUGUUCUUUCUCUCUCUCUCUCUACUUUUCAAAUUCAGUUUUAUGUGUCUGUGGUGCUUUUGUGCUGUGACAAGCCUAUAUGAUGCCAACAAUGCUUUUAUCUUUUCUAUUUUUCUUGGAAUAAAAAAGUUUUUCAUGCAGUAUA